AUGACGGACACGAAAAUCAUCACCGCAUCAUCGAUGCCGGAGUUUAACCCGACAGAGAAUUGGAAUUUGUGGUUCGAACGUCUCGAAUUACAUUUUGUCGAAAUUGAGUGCACAGACGAAAAGCAAAAAAUUUCAAUUUUAUUGAAAUUGAUCGGAGCAGAAGCAUAUCAAAUUCUGCAUUGUUUAUGCAGUCCGAAAUUACCGAGCAAAGAGAAGUACAACGAUUUGUGUGCGUUGAUGAAAGCGCAUUACACACCACCCGUAAUUGUUUUCAACGAGCGAAGAAAUUUCUACGCAGCGAAAAUGGGAGCCGACGAACGUGUAGCAUCGUGGUUCGCACGUGUGAAGAGGCUAUCACUCGAUUGCAAAUUCGUCGCUGGUGAUUUGGAACGUAUCGUUUUGGACAAAUUUGUCGUUGAAUUGCCAAGCAAAAUAUUCGAAAAACUUUGCGAAGAAGACGAAACGCUGACGUUGCAAACUGCAUUGAAAAAGGCGAUGAUGAAAGAAACAAAAAUUCAACAAUCGCAAAACAGCAGCGUGGACGUGAAUUUCAUCAAAGCGCGUGGCAAGCAAAGCAGCAGCAACGGCAACAACAACAACAAUCGCAAGAAGAGCUACGGUGACCCAUUGAAGAUCAUUGGUGAGUUUCAAACAGUUGUUAAUUACAAAGGUCAAAAGAUAUCAGGAAUAAUUGUAGUGACAAACAGUGACCGACCGACUUUGUUAGGUAGAAAUUUUCUGCGUGCUUUUAGUUUUGAAUUAGUACAAACAAAUCGCGUCAACAAUAUUUUUGCGCCCAACGAAAUGAUUGAUUCAAUCAAAAGUGAGUUUCACGAAGUUUUUAGUUGCGGUUUGGGAAAGUAUAGCGUCACGACCAUUAAAUUACCCAUUCAAAAAGAUGUCACACCGAUUUUUUGCAAACCUCGCCCUGUUCCGUUAGCAUGGCGUGAUAUGAUAGCGAAACAGUUAGAUGACUUCGUUUCAAAAGGAAUACUUAUUCCAGUAGACAAUUCGGAUUGGGCUACACCUCUUGUGCCAUUAUUGAAACCUUCUGGCGAUAUUCGCAUUUGUGGUGAUUACAAAGUCACAAUUAAUCGAUUUUUAAUCGAUUUCAAAUAUCCAUUGCCACGGAUUGAUCAAAUUUUUGCUUCAAUGCAAGGAGGUAUUUUGUUUACUAAACUUGACAUGUCGAAUGCAUACAAUCAGUUAGUUUUAGACGAUGAAGCACAAAAAUUGUGUACAUGGAGUACACACAAAGGCAUUUUCAAAAUGACACGUUUACCGUUUGGCGUCAAAAUUGCCGCCGCACUUUUUCAAAAGACCAUGGAAAAUCUCCUAAGUUGCUUCUCAAAUGUAUUCUGUUAUCAAGAUGACAUUGUUGUCACCGGGCCAACUCUAGCAGAUCAUUUGAAAACGCUAAAACAAGUUUUGAUUAAACUUCAGACAGCCGGUCUCAGACUAAACGUCAACAAAUGUGAAUUUUUCAAGGAAAAAAUUUCUUAUUUAGGAUUUGACAUUGACAAAAAUGGUUUAAGUCGGAACAAAGAACGAAUCAAGUCCGUUCUCAAUUCACCACGACCAAGGGAUGUCUCUGAAUUAAGAGCAUUUAUUGGCAUGUACAUUAAAGGUUCUUUGAAUACGGCUGAUAGUUUAUCACGUAUUGCACAAGUUUCUACAGCGGAAGAAACCAAGGAGAGUUCAUACAUAAAUUAUUCACAAAUUAUCGCUGUACGCACUCGACGAGAUCCAAUUUUAUCAAAGGUUCACGAUUGUAUUCAACAAGGAACUGUCGAUCAGCUUCAAGGCAGUGAAUAUACAUCAUUUCGAAACAAAGCAACUGAAUUAUCUGUUGAAUCAGGUUGCAUUCUUUGGGGCUAUCGCACCGUCAUUCCAAAUGCUCUGCGUAAGAUCAUUUUGCAAGACCUUCACGCAUCGCACAUGGGAAUUGUAAAAACGAAAGCGUUAGCUCGUUCAUAUGUUUAUUGGCCGCAUAUUGACAAAGAAAUUGAAAAUUUGAUAAAAGGUUGUGUUUAUUGUCAAAAGACUCAAGCAAGUCCUGAGAAAAGUACUCUCAUGCCGUGGACACCCACUGAUUCAGCUUGGAAACGUGUUCACAUUGACUUUGCAGGUCCCGUUCGAGGCUAUUAUUUGUUUCUUGCAAUCGAUUCAUAUUCCAAGUGGGUUGAAGUUUUCAAAACCAAGGAUAUGACGUCUGCAUUUGUCAUUC